CGUUGUCGUUUCACAUGGGAUGAGGGGGCAGAAAAACCUUGUUAAACCCUCGAUUUUCAGAGAUAGAGCAGGGCUCUGAGAGAUGUUCCGCACGCUAGCAUUUCUGAAGAGGAUCAAACGACCGAAUGGGACAUACAAUCUCAGGAAAGCAGCUCCGUCUACGGAUUUCCCCGAGCCGGUCAAUGGAUUCCUAGCUUCGCAAAUCGCUAGGAAAUGCUUCAAGUCUUUACCGAAGGGUUAUUGUGUACCGUCAAUCAGAAAUAUGUCCACUGUUGCAUCUUCUGGCACAGUACAUAAGGAGGGAGCAAAGCUGUUAGUUACUGCUGGCUCCCAUGCUCAGAAAAUGGUUGGGAUUUGGCUUUUCGGCUCUGCUGCGUGGGUGUUUAGUAUGGUGGUACUUGGUGGUGUCACAAGACUAACACGAUCUGGUCUUUCCAUGACUGAUUGGAAAUUUACUGGUAGCCUCCCUCCUCUGGCGGAUGAGGACUGGUAUCAUGAGUUUGAGAAAUAUAAGCAGUCCCCUGAGUAUAAGCGUGUCAACCGAGGAAUGAGUAUUGAAGAGUUCAAAUUCAUAUAUUGGAUGGAGUAUGCACAUCGUAUGUGGGGAAGGGCUCUAGGCAUUAUGUUUGCUUUGCCUUUUUCAUAUUUCCUUCGUAAAGGAUAUGUUACCUUACAACUUGGACUGAGGCUCUCUGCUCUUUUUGCCCUUGGUGCUGGCCAGGGUUUAAUUGGCUGGUGGAUGGUUAAAAGUGGUUUGGAGGAACCAGCAUCUGAAUAUGUCCAGCCAAGAGUGAGCCCCUACCGUCUUGCAGCUCAUCUUACUUCAGCAUUUGCUAUUUACUGUGGUCUUUUUUGGACUGGUCUUUCUGUUGUUAUGCCUGAACCACCUGCGGAAUCAGUUAGUUGGGUUCGUGGAGCAGCAAAAGUAAAGAGAAUUGCCCUUCCUGUCAGUUUACUUGUUGCCAUUACUGCUGUCUCUGGAGCAUUUGUUGCAGGAAACGAUGCUGGGCAUGCUUAUAAUACUUUUCCAAAGAUGGGUGAUACAUGGAUACCACCAGACGUUUUUGACUUGAAGCCAGUAAUUCGAAACUUCUUUGAGAAUACAUCAACUGUUCAGCUUGACCACCGAAUCCUAGCUACUGCUACCUUACUUUCAAUUGGUACUUUAUGGUGGUCAACGAGGAAGUUGGACAUACAUCCUGCUGUUAGGUCUUUGAUUGGAAGUAUUGUCGGCAUGGCUUCUCUGCAGGUCACCUUGGGAAUAUCAACGCUUUUAUCAUAUGUACCUGUUUCACUCGGCACUGCACAUCAGGCUGGGGCCUUAACUCUUUUGACGCUUGUGAUCCUGCUCAAUCACACUGUGAGGAGGCCGUCAGUGUCCCUUCUCAAAUCUUUGCCUCAAGUCGCAAAGACAACCUAGAUACUCUUCCGCUGCACUUUUUACGACCUCGGUUUGUGGAUGGACGGAGCAAUUCCUUUUACAUUUUAAUUUCUUUUGUUAAACACGAAUCUCCUGUUUUCUUGUUCGCAAGUCCAUCUUAACUGAAUGGGGAACGCAUAUGGGCUCUGUAAACUUUUAUGCCUAGACAAUAAUGAGGAAUUGUCAUUUGUAAUUGAGUGGUCAACAACGUUGCUGUCCUGAUUAUACGCUAUUUUCUGCUAGCGUCUUUUGGAACUUCAA